AUGAGUAUAUUCAGUGAAUCAGCAUGUCAGGCUGGUGCCAACCCCCUUAACAAGUUUGUUGAGAACGCGGCAAAUGCAGAUAUUGGUAACUUUCAAAAAGCUUUUGAACAAAAACAACACGGAAACUUCCAUAGUUUCCAAAGCAUUGACAGUUCAGUGCAAAACAGUUUUGACAACUUUACUAGUUUGAAUAAUGAAGAACUAGUACCUCCGCAGUCAUUUUAUCAUCAUCCUCAGAACCAGAAUUUAAGUGCCCAGCUCAAUCAACAACGCGUUCAUCAUUUACAACCUCAGGGAGGAUGGGUAAAUGAUUUCAACAAUUUGUCAUUGUCCGACCACCAAAAACACCCUGCCACUAUUAACGAACACCAAGAGCCCCGUCAUUUCCAGCCAUAUGCCCAAAAGCCAGUACAUAGUUUCACUAGUCGACAAUUAAAUGCUCCGAUCUUACUAAACAAAUCUCAUGCCACCGAACAAAACGUGGCCACCCACGCAUUCGAAUCAAAUAUGGCAAUGUCCCACAUUAAAGAAGCUAAUAAGGAGUUCGACAGCGUCUUCAGCGAGGUUGAGUCAGAGUUGAUUACAGAGUCAGUAACACCAAAUCAACGAACAGAAGAAGAGGAGGCUUCUAUUUCGGCAAAUAAUGAAGAAGAAAAGAUACAAUUUGCGAUGCUAGCAAGAAAAGUUUUUGUUACUAUGAAUGAUACCCCUAAACACGUUUCUACUGCAACGUCCAAUAAAUUCAAGCAGAGUGGUUUUAUGCAAUUAAUGAAUCAGAUUUCAAAUAGAGAAAUAGAAAUAAGUGAUGACCAGAAGAAACUGGUGGAUCAAAAUGGAGUUGAUAUCCGUUCUGCUCUUUCUGAUCCUCUAUCGAGCCUUGAAUCCCAUGAUAUUUUGGAAUCUCCAUUCGAGUCAGCUAGAAAAGUCACUAAUGGUAUGGUUGACUCUAAAUCAUGGCAAAGCGAAUUUGUGUAA